UACUCUAAACUUUUGCCAACGCACUGCUGCUGCUGCUGCUGCUGUAACUCUAAGUUGCCCAUUUGAGCUACAGACUCUCAGCUGUAUCCAACAGAAGAGGACACUCAAUUUGAUGCUCAGGACAUGGAACCAAACUGACUCUGAAUGACAAAUCUCCCCUUUUCCCUGUUUGCACUUUUUCUUAAUUUCCUCACUGCCAGGAGAGCUUUGUAGAGCAGAACACAUUGGAGACCAAAGUCAGCAACAUUGGAAGUCAUGGUCCCCUCACUGCACUGGCUCCUGCUUCUCUGGGGACUUCAAGGUCUUUGGGCACAGGACUAUGAGGAAGACUAUGAAGAAGAGGUUGUGACCACCAAGAAGAAGGGCAAACAAUUUUCAUCCAAUUCCAUACCACAAAAUGCCAAAUCACUCAUUGAUGAAGACUGCAGUUUGGAGUUGGCCUUUUUGAUCGAUAGCUCAGAGAGCGCCAAGGACAACCAUGCCCAGGAGAAGCGCUUUGCCUCGGACGUGAUGGACCGGCUGCAGGGCCUCCGGCUGCAGACGGGCCGGGGGCUCAGCUCCCGCGCAGCCCUGCUUCAGUACAGCAGUCAUGUCAUCAUAGAGCAGACCUUCAAACAGUGGAGGGGCUCUGACGACUUCAAAUCCCGAAUCUCUCCCAUCGUGUACAUCGGCCACGGCACCUACACCACCUACGCCAUCACCAACCUCACCCGUAUUUACCUGGAGGAGUCGUCUCCCAGCAGCAUCAAGGUCGCCAUUCUGCUCUUCGACGGCAUCUCGCACCCCAGGAACCCAGACAUAUUUUCUGCUGUGGCUGAUGCCAAGAACCAAGGCGUGCGCUUCUUCACCAUAGGCAUCACACCUGAAGCCAACGAGCCCGCCAAUGUAGCUCAGCUGAGGCUAAUUGCGAGCUCCCCAGCCUCGCGCUACCUUCACAACCUGCAGGACAGAGGCAUUGUGGAAAAAGUCAUCAAAGAAAUUACGGAGCUGGCAGAUGAAGGGUGUCCUCUGGCACUGAGCAAGUGUGCAUGUGAUAAGGGUGAAAGGGGACCCAUCGGCCCUCCUGGCAAGAAGGGUCGGUCUGGAGAAGAUGGAAGCCCUGGCACGAAAGGACAGAAGGGUGAGAGUGGGCUGAGUGGACUUCCAGGUCGGGAAGGAACAGAGGGGAAACCGGGAUACAAAGGAGAGAAGGGAGAGAGAGGAGAGUGCGGCACACCUGGAAUUAAGGGAGACAGAGGUCCUGAAGGUACAAUUGGCCCAAGAGGAAAUCGUGGACUGCAGGGUUUAACUGGUCCACCUGGCGAUGUCGGACCUGAAGGUGUAAUCGGGAAAAAAGGGGAAAGGGGACCUGCUGGGCCACCUGGAAUCCAAGGGGAAACAGGGAUCGGCCUUCCGGGACCCAAGGGCGAUGUUGGUUUCCAGGGACAACCAGGUCCUCCCGGUCCUCAAGGAGUUGGCGAGCCUGGACCACCGGGGCCUCAAGGGCCACAUGGAGUCCAAGGAGAGAGGGGACCAUCGGGAGAAGGUCUGCCUGGACCAAAGGGAGAGCGAGGCUUGGAGGGGCCACGGGGGCCCAGAGGACAACCAGGCGUGGGAAUCAAAGGAGACAAGGGGGAUUUUGGCCCUCCAGGUCUUCCAGGGCCCCUCGGCCUCCCAGGAGUAGGCAUACAGGGCGAGAAGGGCAUGGAAGGACCAAGGGGGCCACCAGGGAGCAGGGGGGCACCAGGAGAGGGCAUGCCUGGAUCCAAGGGAGAUCAAGGUUUGCCGGGUGAAGUUGGUGCUCCAGGAGAGAGAGGAGCUGGAGACCCUGGAGCUAAGGGUGAACCAGGAUCAACAGGAAUGCCUGGUUUGCCAGGCCUGCCCGGGGAGGACGGAGCCCCUGGACAGAAGGGUGAGCCAGGAGCUCUAGGUUUCAGGGGGCCAGAGGGGGCACCUGGAAUUGGCACCCAGGGGGAAAAGGGCGACCAAGGCCAAAGAGGGAUAAGGGGCUUGACUGGUCCACCUGGCAUUGCUGGACCCUCAGGACCAAAGGGAGAACCGGGGACACAAGGCAGGCUGGGUUUACCUGGUCCACCAGGCCGUUUCGUCGCAGGGCCCAAGGGUGAUGUUGGCCCAAGUGGUCCUCCUGGUCCAAUUGGGGAGACUGGCUAUGGACUUCCUGGUCCAAAGGGUGACCGUGGAGAUCGAGGCCCUGCAGGUCCAUUCGGUCCCAAAGGAGAUGGCUAUCCCGGCCCCACGGGCCCGCCUGGUCUGCCUGGACUUCCAGGAGAACCCGGUCUUGAGGGAGUAGGCAUCCCUGGACCAAAGGGGGAUGUUGGCUUCCGAGGGUUGCCUGGUUUACCAGGACCUCCAGGUGAAGGCCUCCAAGGACCUCCGGGUAACACGGGCCGGCCUGGCCCUCCAGGGCUACCAGGGCCACAAGGACAAGGAAUUCAAGGACCAAAGGGCGAACAGGGGGCGCAGGGUGUGACAGGGCCAAGGGGGCUACCUGGAGAUGGCUUUCCUGGAGCUAAAGGUGACCGUGGCUCGGGAGGGGAGAGGGGCCUGAAGGGAGUCAAGGGAGAUAUGGGAGACCCUGGAACCCCGGGGCAACCUGGUCGAACUGGUGUCAAAGGUGAAGCAGGCCUCACUAGAGAGGACAUCAUCCGAAUGAUCAAAGAGAUCUGCGGAUGUGGGAUCAAGUGUAAGGAGAGGCCUAUGGAGCUGGUGUUUGUCAUUGACAGCUCAGAGAGUGUGGGCCCGGAGAACUUUGAGAUCAUCAAGGACUUUGUAAACGCGCUCGUGGACCGAGUCACAGUGGGGCGCAACGCCACCAGGAUUGGCCUUGUGCUGUACAGCCUGGAGGUGAAGCUGGUGUUCAACUUGGCCCGCUACGUCACCAAACAGGACAUCAAGCAGGCCAUCAGGAACAUCCCGUACAUGGGAGAGGGCACCUAUACCGGCACGGCCAUCCGUAAAGCUACCCAGGAGGCCUUCUACAGCUCCCGCCUGGGCGUCAGCAAGGUGGCCAUUGUGAUUACUGACGGGCAGACGGACAAGCGAGAGCCGGUGAAGCUGGAUCUGGCGGUACGAGAAGCACAUGCUGCCAAUAUUGAGAUGUUCGCUCUGGGGAUUGUGAACACCUCCGACCCGACGCAGGCUGAGUUCAUGAGAGAGCUGAAUCUGAUCGCCUCUGACCCGGACGCCGAGCACAUGUUCCUCAUUGACGACUUCAACACCCUGCCAGCUCUCGAGUCCAAGUUGGUCAGCCAGUUCUGUGAGGACGAGAACGGAGCCCUGAUAUACAACAGAGUAACUAACGGCUACAACGGCUACAACGGCUACGGAACCAACGGCAACAGGAAUGGCAACAAUGGGAACUAUGCCAUCGGUGGCUAUGGGUACCGGCCAGUUACUGACACACUGAAUGGCCGUCAGAGUGGCACCAACACCGGCACCCACAGUAGUGGAGGCCGGGUAGAGACCACCCAGCAUGGCAGCAAAGGAUCCGGCACAGCACAUGGAGAAGGAGGGCAGCAUGUCUUCACUGAGACAACAAACUGGGGGACGGAGCGCGGGGACACAUUUACCCGCCACACCUCAGACGUCAGACCUGUCCCUCCUUCCAGAGACAACUCCUCCAGCACCCGGGGCUCCUCCUCAUCUUCAUCUUCCUCUAAAAACGUAACCGUAUCAUCCUCAGGUGUAUCUGUGGAGCAUGUGCCCGCACCAAGACCAGCUCUUCCCCAAGAGACCGUGCCGCUGGACCCUCGCUGCGGCUUGGUUCUGGAUCAGGGCACGUGUCGGGACUAUAACAUCCGCUGGUACUACGACAAGCAGGCCAACGCCUGCGCCCAGUUCUGGUACGGAGGCUGCAACGGCAACAAGAACCGCUUUGACACAGAGGAGGAGUGCAAGAGGACGUGUGUGAUCGGCAGAUCAACAGGAGGCUGAGUGAAGGCAUCUGCCGUACAUCUGCUGUAGAUACUUCAAGGAGGGGCAGCUAAUACCAGCCUUUUUUUACAGGGUUAUGUAAAGUAUCUGCAUAAUUCUCAGGCAUGUACAUGUACACUGAUGUUCCUUACCACCGUUCCAUUUGACUUCCUGUCUUUGUGUCCCCUCCUGUAGCACUUAUUGUAAAAUUAUCCUCUUCUAACUACAGUGAAAGAGAGCUUUGAUAGAUACCUCCAAUGUUGUUUUUGUUUUUAUAUCAGCAUCUAUACUCCAUCUACUCAGGAAUACAGGUGAUCACUCUCACUGUGUGUGUCCAAUGAUUCCCACACCGAUGGGACAUGAUCGUUUCUUUCAUUCGCAGGCUGUGAGUGCUGCAGAGAUUGUGACAAAACGGACUGUUUGCCCAACAUGACCAGCAAUAACUCUGGUUCCUCGUCAAUGUUACAAUCAUAAAGCGCAGCAAUCAAUCAAUAUGCCAUAAAGACACAGUGUAGCCAUUCAUUUCUCCACUCAAACAAUCACUGUAGGGUGUAUUAGUGCAUACUUACAGGAGCCAGUAACACACAGCAGAAAUGAAGCCUCUCAUCACUUAUAUCAAAACAUUAUAUAAAAGUUUGUUUUUUUAUAGGAAAUAACUGAUGCUCUGUAACUUCAUGGAAUAAUUUUAUACAUUUGAAUGUGUUUUUUUUAGGUUUUCUGAAUGAAAAUGUGAUGUUUUGUGUUUACAUCGUGUCUUUCUCACCUCUAACUGUCGACAUUUGUUCAAGCAGUAGUCUUACUCCAGAAUACUGAUGGACAGACACACAUAUACACACACUGCCCUCUACUGGGUAACACACAACUCGAUGCUGCAUGGGCAGAAUUUUACUGCCAUUGUUGAGCAACUGUUCUGUCACUUUGUUAACCAGCUGUGUCAACUGUGUAAAUCCAAACUGCACCGUUUUUAGGACAUGGUCAACAUUUGAUGCCGGACAUUUUUAAUAAAUCUCGUAUAAACUAA